GUGCCAGGGCUCCCAGGGUUGGGGUUCUGCCAGUGUGUUUGGCCAUUCCUCCCCUGUGCUUUUUGCAGUGGGCAUUGCUGGGGUGCAGCUCUGGGUUUGCUCAGCAGUUUCUCCCAUGCAGGAGGUUUCCCCCGCUGUCCCUCCCGCCCAUCACUUUUGACACCCUCGGGGCUCAACCUGAAACGUGAGGGCUGUGAAGUUUGCCACUCUGUCACCCUCCCUUCUUGUCCCAGGCAUUCCAGGUCCCUGCCAGCCCCCCAUCAAAGCUUGCUGUGGAAGCGGGACGGCCCCGGGAGCGUGGUGGGCGCCGUGCCCAGUGGCAGGAGGCCAGCAGUGUGUGGCAGGCCUGGUGGUGGUCUCAGAGCACGCUGGGCGGAGGUGUGAGCAUGGCAGGAAGUCACACGAGCUGGCAGGAGGGACACAGGACGUGCUGCCACACAGCCACUCCUCGCUGCUGUCACAGCACAGCAGUGGUGGCUGCGGGGGCGAGCCCCGUGGGGUGCCACCACGCCGAGGACAGGCAGGGACAGGGCGGCUCUGGUGGCAGUGCUGGGGAAAGGGACGCUGUGCCGUGAUGGGGCACAACAGCCCUCUGAGACACUCGUCAUUUCCCCCCUGCUAUUUCCAUCCAGAGGACUCAGUGAGGACGUGUCCCACCUGCCUGGCACUGCUGGCCAUGACCCCACUGCUGUGACUCCAGCGAGCCGGUGAGCAGCACAGCGGAGAGCAGGGGGCUGACAUGGCCAGCGUCAUCCUGGAGAGCAUCUUCUUGAAGCGCUCGCAGCAGAAGAAGAAAACGUCUCCCCUCAACUUCAAGAAGCGCCUGUUCCUGCUGACGGAGAGCAAGCUGUCCUACUAUGAGUAUGACUUUGAGCGGGGGCGCCGGGGCAGUAAGAAGGGCUCUGUGGACGUUGAGAAGAUCACCUGUGUGGAGACAGUGGCACCUGAAAACAACCCUCCCCCUGAGCGGCAGGCCCCGAGGAAAGGGGAGGAUUACAACAACAUGGAGCAGAUCUCAAUCAUCGAACGGUUCCCCUACCCCUUCCAGGUGGUCUAUGACGAGGGGCCCCUCUACAUCUUCUCCCCGACAGAGGAGCUGCGCAAGCGCUGGAUCCAUCAGCUGAAGAGCGUGAUCCGGUACAACAGCGACCUGGUCCAGAAGUACCACCCCUGCUUCUGGAUCGACGGCCAGUACCUGUGCUGCUCCCAGACAGCCAAGAACGCCAUGGGCUGCCAGAUUCUGGAGAGCAGGAAUGGCAGUUUAAAAGUCGGGCGGUCACAUCGCAAGACUAAGAAGCCCCUUCCCCCAACUCCUGAGGAGGACCAGAUGGUGAUGAAGCCUCUGCCCCCCGAGCCAGCCCCCAGCACAGCAGGGGAGAUGAAGAAGGUGGUGGCCCUCUACAACUACGAGCCAAUGAACGCGCAGGACCUGCAGCUGCAGAAGGGCGAGGAGUACUUCAUCCUGGAGGAGAGCCACCUGCCCUGGUGGAAAGCCCUUGACAAGAACGGGAGGGAAGGAUACAUCCCCAGCAACUACGUCACUGAAACCAGAAAUUCCCUGGAGAUCUUUGAGUGGUACUCAAAGAAUAUCACUCGGAGCCAAGCGGAGCAACUGCUGAAACAGGAGGGUAAGGAAGGGGGCUUCAUUGUCCGAGAUUCCACCAGCAAGACAGGGAAAUACACUGUCUCUGUCUAUGCCAAGUCCUCUGUAGACCCCCAAGGCACGAUCCGCCACUAUGUGGUCUGCUGCACCCCCCAGAAUCAGUAUUACCUGGCAGAAAAACACCUGUUCAACAGCAUCCCAGAGCUUAUCACCUACCACCAGCACAACUCUGCAGGGCUCAUAUCCAGACUGAAGUACCCCGUGUCUCAGCACAAGAAAAGUGCUCCUUCCACAGCUGGCCUUGGCUAUGGAUCAUGGGAGAUCGACCCCAAGGAUCUGACCUUCCUGAAGGAGCUCGGGACGGGGCAGUUUGGUGUGGUGAAGUACGGGAAAUGGAGAGGCCAGUACAACGUUGCCAUCAAGAUGAUCAGGGAGGGCUCCAUGUCAGAGGAUGAGUUUAUUGACGAAGCCAAAGUCAUGAUGAACCUGUCUCACGAGAAGCUGGUGCAGCUCUACGGGGUCUGCACUAAGCAGCGUCCCAUCUUCAUCAUCACCGAGUACAUGGCCAACGGCUGCCUCCUGAACUUCCUGAGGGAAACACGGCAGCGCUUCCAGCCUGCCCAGCUGCUGGAGAUGUGCAAGGAUGUCUGUGAAGCUAUGGAGUACCUGGAAUCCAAGCAGUUCCUGCACAGAGACCUGGCGGCUCGAAACUGUUUGGUGAAUGACCAAGGAAUUGUGAAAGUGUCAGAUUUUGGUCUUUCCAGGUACGUGCUAGAUGAUGAGUACACAAGCUCCAUGGGGUCCAAGUUCCCAGUGCGGUGGUCUCCUCCUGAAGUGCUGCUGUACAGCAAGUUCAGCAGCAAGUCUGAUGUCUGGUCCUUUGGCGUUCUGAUGUGGGAAGUUUAUUCCCUGGGAAAGAUGCCCUACGAGAGGUUUAACAACAGCGAGACAACCGAGCACGUCAUCCAAGGCCUGCGCCUGUACCGGCCGCAGGCGGCCUCGGAGCGGGUCUAUGCCAUCAUGUACAGCUGCUGGCACGAGAAGCCUGAGGAGCGCCCCACCUUCACCGUGCUGCUGAGCAGCAUCCUGGACAUCGCCGACGAGGAGUGCUGACCACGGGUACUGCCCGCUGACCCUGCCAGCGCCGCCUCUGCCCAGCGGGACACACGUGUGCACCGGGUGGCACGGCUGUCAUGGACACGGCACAGCUGUCACGGACACGGCACGGGUGUGCAGAAACCUGGGGGACCCCCACGGCCACACCCACAGCCCCAUCACAUGCUCAGGGCUUCAUCACAGCCCUGGAACUGCAUCACAUCCCUGGAACUGCAUCACAUGCUCAGAGCUCCAUCACCCCAGAACUCCAUGACAUCCCCGUAGCUCCAUCGCAUCCCCAGAACUCCCUCACAUCCCUGGAGUUCCAUCACCGCCCCGGAGCUCCAUAACCACCCCAGAACUCCAUCACAUCCCUGGAACUCCAUCACAUCCCCGGAGCCCCAUCACCGCCCCAGGGUUCCACCACAUCCCUGGAACUUCAUCACCGCCCUGGAGCUCCAUCACCACCCCAGAACUCCAUCACAUCCCUGGAACUCCAUCUCAUGCUCAGAGCUCCAUCACAUCCCUGGAACUCCAUCGCAUCCCCGGAGCUCCAUCACAUCCCUGGAGCUCUCUCACAUGCUCAGAGCUCCAUCACCACCCCAGAACUCCGUCACAUCCCUGGAACUCCAUCACAUCCCCGGAGCCCCAUCACCGCCCCAGGGUUCCACCACAUCCCUGGAACUUCAUCACCACCCCAGAACUCCAUCACCACCCCAGAACUCUAUCACAUCCCUGGAAGUCCAUCAAAUGCGCAGAGCUCCAUCACAUCCCUGGAAGUCCAUCUCAUGCUCAGAGCUCCAUCACAUCCCCAGAGCUCCAUCGCAUCCCCAGAGCUCCAUCACAUCCCUGGAGCUCUCUCACAUGCUCAGCGCUCCAUCACCACCCCACAACUCCAUCACAUCCCUGGAACUCCAUCUCAUGCUCAGAGCUCCCUCACAUCCCCGGAGCUCCAUCACAUCCCCGGAGCUCCAUCACAUC